AUGAUCCUCGGUGACAGUAGUGGCGAGGACCACGAGGUUGAAAUUAAGGCGCCAAAGAAGCGCGCUGAGACUUGGGAAGACGAGACGAGAAAUCUCAUUGCUUUUCGUCGGGAAAUGGAUGGCUGUUUUAAUACCUCCAAAUCUAAUAAGCACUUGUGGGAACAAAUAUCAUCGAAGAUGAGAGAUAAGGGAUUUGAUCGAUCUCCGACUAUGUGUACGGAUAAGUGGAGAAAUCUGCUAAAGGAGUUUAAGAAGGCGAAGCAUCAAGAUAGGGGCGCUGGGUCCGCUAAGAUGUCGUAUUACAAAGACAUCGAGGAGAUUUUGAAAGAGAGGAGCAAGAGUGUGUGCUACAAGAGCCUUACUCCUCCAAAGGUUGAAUCCUAUAUGCACUUCUCUGAUAAAGGUAUGGAGGAUACCAGCAUUUCUUUUGGGCCUGUUGAAGGUUCAGCCACUGGCAGAUCAACACUCAAUCUUGAGAAUCGUUUGGAUCACGAUGAACAUCCUCUUGCAAUUACUGCAGCUGAUACUGUUGCCACAAGUGGAGUUCCUCCUUGGAGUUGGAGAGAAACUCCUAUAAGCGGUGGGGAAGGUCAAUCAUGUGGAAGGGUUAUAACAGUCAAAUGGGGCGACUAUACAAGAAGAAUAGGCAUUGAUGGUACUUCAGAAGCCAUCAAAGAGGCAAUAAGAGCUGCUUUUAGGUUGAGAAGCAAACGUUUGUUUUGGUUGGAGGAUGAAUACCAGAUAAUAAGGAGUCUUGACCGAGAUAUGCCUCUAGGAAAUUACACUCUUCACCUUGAUGAAGGAAUGGCCAUUAAAGUAUGCCACUAUGAUGAGUCUGACCAAAUCCAUGUUCAUACUGAAGAGAAAAUCUUUUACACCGAACAAGAUCACCGUGAUUUUAUGGCCCGACGGGGCUGGACUUGUCUAAGGGAAUUCGAUGGAUAUAGAAACAUUGACAACUUGGAUGAUCUUCAACCUGGUGCCGUGUACCGUGGUGUGAGUUGAAGACAGGUGCACAUGGUAUGUCAAUCUUCGGCUAUCCGCUUAAUAUGUCUAGAGAACUUAGGGGACUGUAUAUAUCUCUUUGAGAUUCAUGCAGCACAAUCAUGGGGUUUUAUUUGGAAGUAUAUUUGUAGGAAUAUUGAUGUGCAUAGUUUAUGCUGUUCUCUGUAGAUCCAGCAUGUAUGUAAAUAAGCAAUUUCUAGUGCUAUAAUCUUCUUGUUAGAGAAGUUACCAUUGUUAGAAAAAUAUCGCAGUGUUCGACAAAAAUAUUACAGACCUCUCCAAUAUCAUAGGAAACUGGAAACUGAACUUCGUCGACA